UUGGACACUUACUCGUUUUUGAACAAUUAUGUUUAGUGAUAGAAUAGGAUAUUGAUUUUAUUAAAAGCGCUGAAGAAUAAGAAACACUAUAGUGAAUUUAGUUUUAUUAAUGAAAAACAAAAGAAAAAGAUACCUAUUUAUAUAGAUGCAAAUCAAUAGCAUAUUUCUAUAUCAUCAUCAUCAUUUAAGAUGACGUAAACAUUCCAAUGACGAUAUAAAAUAUGAUAUAUGAGGAGGAAUGUUAUACAUGGCAUCAUACACAACAAAUGACAAAGAAAUGAAGUCAUAUGUAUUCAAGAAUGUAAUACAGCUGAUUAUUGAGUAAAAUUGUAUAAAUAGUAUAUAUAGAUACCGUUAAUACGUCAUAUUUCUGAGUCAUGAAAAAGAACAAAGAUGUUAUCUUUGAACGUCAGAAAAAAAUGCAUGCGUCAUUGUUGUAAGUAAAAUAAACAAACACAUUUCUUUAUGUACAAAGAUGAGCGCUCAGACGGCCUUCGGCCGCCUUCGCUAUCAAUUAUUUUAAUUUUUUGGAAUGCUGCAAUCCUAUUGGUCAGUUUUCUAGAUUGCCUGUAGCAAGCACAGGAUUGGCAUAGAUAGAUUGAACAUGUGAAAUGUUGUAUAUGAGCGCUCAGACGACCUUCGCUAUCAAUCAUUUAAAUUUUUUGGAAUGCUGCAAUCCUAUUGGUCAGUUUUCUAGGUUGCCUGUAGCAUGCGUAGGAUUCGUUUUUUUUCGGAAAAAAAUACAUGUCGACCUUCUCCUAGGUGUAAAGACCAUUUCUGGAAAGUUUCAUAGCAUUUGCUCGUACCGUGUCCAAAUGCAUGAAGAACAAACAAACAUUCUUCUUUAUAUAUAUAGAAGAAGAUAGAUAGAUACAUGAUACAAAUCUUGAUCAUAUGGAAACUUCAACAUUUGUUAUUAAUCAAAUAUCCGAAUUUUAAUUGGAUAUUCUAUUAAAACUAUUCAUAAUGGUUUGCAAAAGAUUGAUUUUAUUUUUUUAGAAUUUUUUUUUAGAAUUUGCUACAGCAAUAAUACAAGAUUAUUUUUCCAAACCUUUUUUUAAUUAUGGAAAUCUACAUCAUGGAAUACUUUUGUACAUGUAUAUUAUUCGAAUAUUGAAUUUAUUCUUGUUAUAACGAAUUUUAUUUUUCUUUUAAAGAAUAAAAAUCAAACACUUGCUCUUUUUACUAGCAAUCAAUUAGAUAAUAUUAAAACAGUUUCAUCAACAGAUGAUACAUUCUUUGCUAAAAAUUUAACAACUGAAAAAUUAUUAAAACAAACUGGAACAAAUGCUGAUGUAUUUACAACUUGCAUUCAGCAUAUACUUAAACGAGAAGCAAUGCAAUCGAUUCAACAAGCAUCAAAACAUCGUACAAUGAAUUUUGAAGAAUUAACAAAUUCCAAUCAACAAUUUAUACCAUCUGUUCCAAUUCCAAUAUUAUUAUCACCAUCAUCAUCAAAAACUUCUUCAACUAAUGAUACAACAGAUAUUAAAGAACGUCAACGUAUAUUACAACAAGAUCCUUUACUUGUUUGCCGUGCAUUAACUUUAUUAGCACGUCAAUCACUAGAUUUUUUUUGUUCAAAAUACUCAAACUGUAUCAAAGCAAUGACUGCUGCUCCAACUCCUCCACCAGCAUCAUCAACAAUAAAUCCUAAUGAUGAAGAUGAAGAUACAAGAAUGGAUGAUGAACCACUUGAAAAUCCAGCAAGUUCCGAUGAAACAACAAAUACUGAUCAAGAAAAUGAAGAAGAAACAAGAACAAUGUCAUCUUCUAUUCCUAAAAUUGAUGAAGAUGAUGAUCGAGAAAGACGAUUAUUCAUCAAUAAAACGAACAACAAUAUAAUCUUAACUUUUUUUAUGUUAUUGUUUCAACUUGAAAAACGAAACAUGUUCUUAACACUUCAUCCUGAUCGACCACAUUUAUGUAUAUCUAAUCAAUAUCAUCGUUUACGUAAUACAUUAGUUAUUUCUAAAUUAUUUUUAAUACCUAUACUUGCUUUUCAUUUUCAAUUUAAUCAUCCAAAUAAAUAUCUUCUUUAUUAUCUUGAUACAUUAAGUCAAUGA